CUCAUUACACCGCAAUUAAUAUAAUUGUUAUGUUUUUUAAUUAUAACAGACUAUAAAAGAUGCAUUGAUCAGUUUUGAUUUUACAUUUUCAAAAUGAAGUUGAUAUUUGCCUAUUUAGUGUCAGCUUUAUUGGUGCACCAUGGCCAAAGUGCAAUGUCAGAACAACAACUAAAAGCUGCCAUUAAGCUAAUGAGAAAUGUUUGCCAACCAAAGUCUAAAGCUACUGAUGAACAAAUUGCGGCAAUGCACGAGGGAAAUUUCGACCAAGGAAAGCCCAUUCAAUGCUAUAAUUGGUGUCUUCUAAACAUGUACAAACUGAUAAGAAAAGAUAAUUCUUUUGACUGGGAAGGUGGUCUUAAAACGUUGGAAGCUCAAGCUCCACCACGAAUUGUUGGACCUGCUACAAAAUGUAUAACUCAAUGUAAAGAUGCAGUAAAAACAACAUCCGAUAAAUGCGCUGCCGGAAACGAAAUUACUGAAUGCUUAUAUAAAUGUGAUCCUCCAAACUAUUUUCUCCCAUAAAUCUGAUGUUUAACUGUUAAUUCAGAUAUCUUUUAAGGUGCCUUAUUAAUAAACUCAUUAAUAUAA